AUGAACAGUAUGGCCACCGUUUCUAGAAUGCCUGUUCCAGUCAGGCGCACCGACUCCGACGUUUCUCCCAAAACCAUUAUACCACCACAAGACUCGACUCCGCGUGACGCAAAGGUCGACUAUUUCCCAGACUCCAACACAGUCGAUGGAUCCAAUACUAGUGUCAGGGCCAGCGACGACGACUCCUCUGCGCACAAGUCGAGUAUCUCAUUCGCACCCGAUCCACGACCCGAUCGCAGCUCAAGCCGUGAGAGCGACCAAAAUCAAACACAAAACCAAGACCUGAUGGUCCAGAGGAAGUCCUCCACCGGCUCAGUUUCCUUCCGCCGAAUGACCAAUCCCAAAUUGCCACAGGGAAUACCUCAGCAAAUGAGCAACAGUCGUAUACGCGCAAGUUCUCCUGAUCAUAAAAGGCGUGGGGAUGGAUGGUCUUCGCCGGCUCUCCUCGUCACUUAUUUGGUCUGGAUCGUCAGGCCAUCUUUCACCACAGCCACCCUUAGCAGAUCGUCAGCCCCCAAAUUCCCGCAGAGCUCUCGAAUAUUUCCGGCACAAUCGUCAUUGACAACCUUCUUCUCUCAUACCACUUCCCUGCCCAUUAUCACUUUCCCAACUCAUCAUUGUUUCUCUUUGCCUCUGUUUUGUGGCCUUUUCGCACUCAUGGCGACGCUAACCGAGACCCCGCCCGAUAGGUUCCAGAAACAUGUCGCAUUCGACAAUGUUCCAACUGGUGAACCGACCAAGAAUAAUGCCAUUUCGUUCACACUCAAUGUUCGACACAAGGGAUAUCAGGCUAGGCGCAGAUCCCGGUGCUUCAUGGUUGGAGUGGACGAGCAUGCCUACUCUGAUUAUGCCCUGCAGUGGCUGCUGGAAGAGCUUGUCGAUGACGGCGACGAAGUUGUAUGCGUGCGUGUAGUUGAGAAGGAAUUGCGUUACUCGAAUAGGGAAUACCGAGAAGACGCUGAAAAGGUUAUGAGGGGCAUUCUCGACCGUAAUGGCAAUAACAGGGCCAUCAACAUCGUUCUUGAAUACGCCGUUGGCAAAUUACAUACGACCUUCCAGGUUCUGAUGUACCAGCCUGCAAUGCUUAUUGUGGGAACAAGGGGACGCACACUUGGUGGUUUACAAGGGCUCGUUAACACGCGCAAUUCGUUUUCCAAGUACUGCCUCCAAUACUCACCCGUACCUGUAGUCGUGGUUCGACCUACAGAAAAGCGCGUUAAGAAGAAGUCUAAGCGGGCCAACGACUCUGCACGACAGACUUACGUGAGCAUGUUGGCUGCGAAUUCUGGAAAGCACGAAGCCGAUAGUGAGGCGAGCAGCACUUAUGAACUUGAGGUUCAAAACUCUCCCGACGAAGAAGCUCAUCAAGUUGCACGGGCCUUGGGGCUGCCUGCAUCUUUCGAUCCCACGAUCAAGCCAUUUAACCACAGUCAAGCGCUCAACGUCAAACCGCAGGGACCUGCUACCGUCAGCGCGUCUAAUGAAGCGCCAGAGGACCGGCGAUUGGUCAAGGAUGAUGCCAGUGCUGCUGGCGAAAGCGACGAUGAAGAUGACGGUGAAAGCGAUGACGAUUCUGGAGAGUUUGAGGUUGUUAGUGGGCAACAAGCUCUGGAUCAGGAGAAACUGAAGCAGCUCCACAAGAUGGAGGUUGGUGAAGCAGCGGCGUUGAAGAUGAAAGUGAACGAAGAUUUAGAUGAGGAAGAUGACACCCCGUCAGCCCAAAAAGAAAAUAAGCAAGGGAAUGGUGGGAAUGAAGGUGUCGAAUACAUCGGCGAAGUCUCACACCAGAAAGUCAAGCGAUCAACUACACAGCACCCUCUAGCGAGGAUCUCCAGAAUACCCAUCUUGUACGGAACUACCUCCUCAACGCCAAACAAAUUCAAAGAUGCAGGAAAGGCCGUAUCUGUUGACUCAAAACGCAACGCCAAUGACGGACAGAGCCAGUUCUCGAGAACAGAUAACAAUGGAAUCGAGCAGAUAGACGGCUUCCAAGACUACCCGAAUAGACCUGCUGACAGUCACCGGUUGCAAGAUAUCGAUUCUCACGAGCACAGUCCUGAAGCGGGCAGAGAUGCCAUGGAAUUGGAGACGAUGAGCCGUGUGACGAAGGACGACAACGACGUUGAAGAUCAGGCCAGGGAGGAAUCUUUCGCCGGCGAUACGGGCACAACGAACGGCUCACGGGAAAACCCACAGAAUCAACGUCCGAAUCCCGAAUUACCGGCAGAGGAUCAAAGAUCCAGCGUCGAUUUGGAGGCGCAAGAUCAACUUGGCCGUGAACCUCGAGAUGGACGUGGAGGUGGCCGAGAUAAUGACAACUACGCCAAUGGCAAUGCUGACAAUGGUCUUAACGGUAGUGAUAACGCUACAGGUCGGCGUGGCGGGAAACAGAUGCGACGACCAAAAGACCGAUACGAGUUCAGAAUCGAUCUGCGCUGGUGA